CACACACACACCUUGCGAAUGACGAUGGAUCUCGACGAUAGCGCCCGUGCCAGCGAUGGAGCAAGCAAUCCCAACGCAGCAGCAACGACCCAACAACCUCCGACUGCAGUAGUGCCAGUGCAGCAGCUCAGGCGGCGUCGGACCCACCAUGUGGCCGUCCAAGCACCAGUCGACAUUCUGCUGCAUCCACAAGCACGGGCGGCGAGGACGAGUGCCGCAUCCAGCCAAUCGAUAACGCUUGAUCUUGAUGAAACAGGUGAAAGCACUCAGAAAUCAUCAUCAUCAACAACAUCAUCAUCAUCGCAACCUGAACCACCUGCACGGAGGCACACCAUUGCAUCGGACGUAUCCGACGGGUCACUCGUGUCGUUCAUGAGCUUGCCAGCGAGUGCAAGGCAACGGCAGUCGACAAUGAUGGCGGUGGAUUCGGACGACGAUGAUUCGGGGCCCAACUCGGAUCCGUUCGCAGUCUUACAAAGGCCGAAAGGCGACAGCCACUAUAACAAGAAGCUAUAUGGCGAGUUCGUCAUUACACAGGAAGAAGCAGCAGCAGCAGCAGCUGCCGCACAACUCGUUGAAGAGAGUGACGACUAUGAGGAACCGUAUCCUACAAGGCUUCAAACCCGAACUGCCAAACGGCCGCGAAUGGACGAGUCUCCACCAAGCGACGACGUCAGCGCGCAAACGGCCGCGGCCUUGUCAGCUGCUCGUUUGCAACGCGAACGAGCCCAGCACUUGCUAAUCGAGGCACAAAGGAGCGAAAUGGCAGAAAGCAAUGAGCAACAAGCAUCGGAAUCGGGCCCCAUUCCGGAUGCCUCCAAAGUGCUUGCUCGUGUUGUGGUCGUGGACGGGACGCCAUUACAUCUGCUUCUCACGCUGGAUACAACCGCUCGGACCAUCCAGCAGUUUUGCGCAGCCAGGCUUUCCGUCGAUCCAACCCAUGUCGCGCUCUCUUUUGCACAGCAGACAGUGGAUCUCAACUCGACAAUGAGGGAGCUCAACAUUUCGCCUCGAAACGACUUGUUCCAGUGCCAAAUGGCGCCUCCAUCUCCGACGACCUAUGACGCCACUCCCAGCCUUUUUGCCAACAAUCCAGCAUUCAGCAACAGCAGUAGCAGUAGUGCGCCUCCAGAUUUGGAGCCUUUCGCAAAUACCACCAGCAGCAGCAGCAGCAGCAUGGUGACAGAUCUUCCGCCGCCCCUACCUGACACCGUUGAAGAGCCACUCUCGAUUCGAUUCCGCGUGCGAUUUGACGAACACGAAGUCCGAAAGUUCCGAUUGAAGCUGACCGACACCAUGUCCAAGGUGUACGACAAGAUUGCGGCCGACAGAGCAGCAGCAUUCAAGAUUCUCUUUGACGGCCAGCCUGUUCCACGAAAUACGACGCCGGAGGACCUUGGGCUUGAAGAGGACGACCUUUUGGAUGUGGUUUCGAGUUAGCGAUUUUUGGUUGGUUGUUUGUUUUCUCUGCGAGUCGAGGUUUGGAUUGGAAUUGAAUGAAUUUUUCGAAUGCUGAGG